GGGUGUGCGACCGAGCUGCUGUGUUUUCUCAGUGUCCUCUAAACCACACACGAGUGCAGGUGAGAGGACGGACCUCAGCUCAGACGGUCCAGCACAGGAGACGAUGGCUGACCCUCAAGCAGCACCUCCUACAGAAUCCCCUGACCACAAACCUGAACCCGAGCCAGCGGCCGGAGAGGAUAAGAUGCCACAAAGCAAUGCUGAGGAAGCUACGAAACAAAGCAGCGAGGAGUCUCCAAACAGCGACCCGGAAAAGCCAGAGGAACAGAAGGAACAGGAAGAGGCGUCAGCGGGAGCAGACGAAAAGAAAGCAGGUGAAGACGCAGCGGAAGAGAAGAAAGAAGGAGAAGGAGGUGAAGACGCAACGGAGGAGAAGAAAGAAGGGGAAGGAGGUGAAGAUGCAGCAGAGGAGAAGAAAGAAGGGGAAGGAGACGGGCAGAACGAAGACAAAGUGAGUGAAGCGGGAGGAGAAGAGCAGGAAGGCUCGUCUGAUCGUCCGGGCAACAAAUACUACACUGUGAACUAUAGAAAGAUUAAGAAAGGCUAUGCCAAGCAGAGGAUCAGCGCAUUUGAAGCCUUGGACUUUGCGUUGCUGGAAGAGGAGGGGGCAUCAGAGGAGCAGAAGGAUGGAGCCACGACAGAAGAAGGAGGAGCGGCCGCUAACGAAGCGAAUCAAGCGAACGGAGAGGCUGGGUCUCAAAACGGGACUUCUGAAAACGCAGAUGGACAGAAAGCGGAGGACGGGCAGGAUGGAGAGAAAGCGGAGGACGGGCAGGAUGGAGAGAAGGCGGGUGAAGAAGCAGGAGAUGAACAGGAGGAGGAAGACGGCAUUGAGGACGAGAACGGCGCAGAGGAGGAGUGUGAAGGAGCGGACGGGAACAAAGGGAAACGUGCUGGCAUCUCCAAGUACUUCACCGUCAGCUAUAGGAAGAUCAAGAAAGGCCUCACAAAGCAGAGGGUCGACGAGUUCGAGUUCAUGGGCGUGCAGCAAUGAGUUCUCUCACACACACACACACACUGUACAAGUUUUCUGUAAAGUUCAAAGGUCAAUUUUUUCUGUAAAGUAGUUUUUAACCCUCUUGUGCAUAAAUGAAAUUUACACCACAAAAAGUUGUUUUAAAAUUGUUAUUUUUAUUUUUAUUACUUGAAAUAGUUCAAGUAAUAGAAAUAUAUUUAUAAAAAAUGUGGGAAAAAAAAAGUUUUGGGGGGGUAGUUGGUAAAUUGUUGCCUUAUGGCAACAUUGUGCAAAGGUGGAAUGUAUCAUAUAGUCAAAAUAACACAAAAUGUAUGAGAUAACAAUUCCAAUUACUGCAUUUUCUAGACUAUACUGUAAGUUUCUGAGUUUCUUUGUUUUUUUACCACCUUGUAAACAUGUAGAAGUUAUAUCUUCUAGAAAGGAAUGACUGGUGUAAAAAGUACAAAGCAUGUGAAUGGAUUUACUCACUCAAAAUACAUAGGCUACAAAAAUUAGAUCCUAACAUGUUUUGAUUGAGGAAGCUUUCAUUCUUUCUCUUGAAACCUAAAAUUUCGAAAAUAAGGUGCAAAAUGUCUGAAAUUACAACUGUUUUUCUCAUUUUUAAGGUGAAAAAAUGUAAAUAAAUUAUGAGAGAAGCCUGGUGUCUUUUCUGCUGUGUAGGCCUGUUUCAACUGUUCAAAUGUUGUUGCCAUAUGGCAACAAUUACGUUACCAUUUAACAGAAUACUCAAAAUAUAUGUCACUUUGCUUAAAUGACAAAAAAAGUAAUGUUAACUUAUCUAAGAUAGUGUUUCGUUUUUUUCCUUUAAGUAGUUUUGCGUAAAUAGUAGUUUUGUAUUAUUGCCUAUCAAAAAAAUUGGAUAGGCACAAUGAAUUGUAGCUAUAUGGCAUCACCAUGCAGUAAAGGGUUAGAGAGGAAAGUGAGAGUUGUUAACAUUUCUUUCUGUAAAUAAGUUGUUAAAAUUCUAAAACGAUGUAGUGAACAUGUUUUUUUGGUUUUGUUUUGUUUUGUUAAACAAACUAUCACAGUGGCUUAUUCAGUUGUUCUGCUUCACUGUAAUGCAAAAAAACAAAGAAAACAAAAAACCCUGAAUUUACAUUUGCAGUUUUCUCAUACAUGUAUGUGUAUUUUGUGAAAAGGAAUAAAAAAAAAAAUAUUUUAUUUAUAUAACCCAAUGAGUCCUAUUCUGUCUCCAUCUGAAUGACAUAUUAAAGAAUCAUUUUUCACACAGAACAAAA